AUGAGCAGCAACAAUCCUUCCGUAACGGCUACUUCAGCCUCCUCUUCAUCACAGGCUUCUUGGAAAGUGGCCCUUGGAACUACUACUUCUUCAUCGUCUUACUCUCCACCAUCAUCCAAAAAGAAAUCUUCUCCGAAACCAAAGCCUUCUCCCAACAAUACGAAAGAACAACUCAAUUUAGCCUGCGAAAGCAUUCAUUGGGUCUCCACAGAAAAGUCUUCCGUUUUCUCGAUUGAUAUACAUCCUGAUAAUACACGAUUUGCAACGGCUCAUGCUGGAAAAAUUUGUGUGUGGAGAUCAAGUAAUUAUUUUGCAUCAUCAUCAUCGGAUCAAAAUAAUGGGAGUAUUAUUGCAAAUGACAGUAUGAACAAUAAUAAUAGUACUAGUAAUACCAACAAUACAGAAGGAAACACAUCAACCACAAAUGUGAGCAGUAGUGGUAGUAGUAGUACUGAUACUAGCAAUCCAAAUUCAAACACAACAAAUAGCGCCAGUUCUGGUAAUGCACGUAACCCUUUGGUAACCAUCACUGAUCUCUAUGCAACGGAUAGUCAUCAGGUGAAAACAGUCAAAACAGAUGCAAGUAAAUUCCUAAUCAAGGAAAUUACAACACACAGCUCUAAUGUAAAUUGUGUGAGAUUUAGCCCUGAUGGAAAAUACCUUGCAGCUGCUUCUGACGACUAUUCAGUAUCACUUUCUAAGGUUACUAAAGCUGGCACAGAGAAGGAGGAUUGGAAACAUAACAGGUUAUUUAAAUCACAUCAAAUGGACGUUCUUUCUGUUGCAUGGAGCCACGACUCUCGAUAUUUGGCAUCUUGCUCAAUUGAUAAUAAGGUCAUUGUUUAUGACUUGUCGUCUAAAAAUGUUGACGAGCCAAUAUUGAACUCAAACGAGCACAUGAAUCACGUGAAGGGUCUAGCAUUCGAUCCAAUCGGUAGAUAUCUUGUUUCUCAAUCGGAAAAUAUGGCAUGUAUUUGGGCUUUAAUAGAUGGUAAAUUUCAACUCCAUACGAAAAUUUUAGAUCAGUUCAGUACAGCCCCAAUUCUCUAUUAUAGACCAAGUUUUUCUCCAUGUGGAAAAUAUAUUCUCAUUCCUAAUGGAUUUCAUCAAGGCGCCUAUUGUGUGAAAAUUGUGCUACGAGAGGACAUGUCACGCUUUUUACCCUACAAGUGUGGAACAGAUGCUGUGUCGUGUGCUGUCUUUAACCCUGUCAUUUUCCAAAAGCCAACCAAAAAUUUAAUGUUCUUUGCAUGUGCCAGUGAAGACGCAACCAUUUCGAUUUGGUGUACCGAGUCGACUGAGCCCAUCGCAAGACUCUUACACGUUUGCAGCGAACGAAUUAGUGACAUGGCUUGGAGCACUGAUGGCACUACUCUCAUGGCCAGCUGCACCGAUGGAACUGUGGUAUUGGUUGCCUUUGAGAAGGAUUAUUUAGGAAAGCCUAUCGACACACAAACGAAACAAGACAUGUUACAACAAUUAUAUGGAACUGAAUGGACUGGAGUAUUGAAAGAAUAUCCAACCACGUAUUUUUCCGUGCCGAAAGAUGACUCAGUCACAGUGACACGAAGGCCAAAUGCAUUAGGUCUUGCACAAGGUCUUGUUGCUUCUUCAUCCAUGCCAUCUCUUCCCUCUAAUAGUUCAACAGCAAAUAGUUCAUUACCAAUUAAAAACAGAGAGACGAGUAGCACAACUGCCACCUCUGCAGAAAAACAAACAAGGAACACCACUAAAGAGGUUCCAUCAAAUCCUCCACAACAAACCAUUACCACCACAGCAUCAGGUAAAAAGAGAAUUAUACCUGUUCAUACGGCUGUUGAAGAUGACGAAGAUGAAGAUCUCCAACAAAAAACCACGAUGACUGGAAGUACUACAAGUCAUUCAACAACAGGUACCACUGACUCGACCAGCAAUGCACUGAACGACACAAUGCAACUUGGUUUAGGAAGUGACGACACUCUGCUUCAAGCCAUGACCUCUCGAGUCGAUCAAUCGAGAUCUGUAGUUGCCUCAACAUCCUUUGGUUUUGGACAAUCCACAAACAUUAUUCCCACUGUGAGUGAUUUGGUGGGUGUGACGGUCUCCAAUACUGAACUGAUUAAGAAGCGAACACGACAAGAGUUUACGAAUACAGAUCAAAAUAGUUCAACAGCCAGCCCUCAAGAAAAGAAGAGCAAAUCAAAGAAAAAUAAGCAAAAUCAACCUCCAACUGCUUUAUUGGCCACCCAUCGUGAUGUAUCUACCAUACCUACAGAACCACUGUACCUUAAAAUUAGCUCAACCGAUGAAUUGACUUGCUCUCUGGAAGGAACUGUGGAAUACAAGUCGAAUGGUUCCAUCAAAUGGAAAGCCACUGUUUCAGGAACGGGUAGUGAAUUGUGCAAUUAUCCAAUUCAAGCUGCAGGAACCAAUUACUUUGUAUGCAUUUGUACAUUCCCUUCGAAUCAAUGCCAUGUAUUUUCAACACAUUCUGGAAUGAGACUGUUACCGCCCAUGAUUUUGGACUCUAAGGUUGAACAUUUGAAUUGUUGUGGUGAAUAUUUAGUGGUCUACACACUCGAGCUCAUGUUUUAUUUGUGGGACAUUAAAAAGAGCAAGUGUCUUGUGCGUGCCAGCGUCGACUCAUUGCUCAGUAAUUCGGGUAUUGUUAGUGAGGAGAGCAGAAUUGUCGAUGACGUGGUUGUCACUUUGAAUGGUGUUGGUAUUUUGACACUCAUGAAUGGAGAAUCAUUUGCCUAUGAUAUGAAUUUAAAGACGUGGAUUUGUGUGGCCGAUUCACAUUCCAUCUUUUCACCAUUCCUUUCACAGGGUAGAACGACAAACACCGAUGAAGAUGAACUCAAUGCUGAAGAGACAGAAGUGACUCUCAUGACUCUCCGAAAUAAGGCAGCUAGGGCUGUGAAAAAAUACAAAUUGGCACAUCCAGAAACAGCCACUGCUACGGCAACUCCAGAAAAUGUAAAUAUUGACAUUAUUGAUGAUUUAGAAAUGGCCAUGACUUCCGCUGCUGCUAUUGGUGACAAGAAUACGUACUUGCAUUGCGUGAAGGCCUACGCAAAACACUUAUCGAAACAACAAAAAGACCACCGCUUGAGAGAUUUAUUUAACUUCCUUCUGGGACCCAUCAGCUACUCUCCUUUCGUUGAGGGCAAUAUCAAGAACGACACCGAUUGGAAUCCUUACAUUGCUGGAGAACAAAAAAGAAGUGUCUUACAAUUACUCAUUGUCAUGCUCAUUUCUAGCUCAGAUUCUUCCAUUCAACGCAUGUGUAGAGAAUACGGAGAAAUACUUUCACGUUUACAACACCAUUAA